ACAAAAAAAGUCUCUCUGUCAAAGACAAGGAGCGUAGUAGUAAGUAGAGCGCAAAUUCAAAUAAGCUAACGGUUACGUUCUUCUAAUUAAUCAAUCGUCCUCCACACUCUUUCCAUCCCAAUUCAUACAAAUCACGCCCUACCUCCGCCACCUUAUCUCGUCGGAUCUUUCACCGCUAUCUCUCCGGCCCGGAACAUAUCACAGUGUUGAGUAUGGAUUCGUCCUCAAAAACUCAAAUUAAACAAUGCUUGAAUGUUAGCGGAAAAGUCAGAGUUGUUGCUAGGAUUCGAGGUUUCAGUAAUCAGGAAUUAGCAUCUGAUGCCACACACUCUUCGUGUAUAAUAUCUGUUCGGAAAUCCAAGGCCUCUGAGAAAGUUACUCUUUCGUUUAAUGAUCAUAUUUCAUGCCGUAAAAAUGAGUAUGAGGUGGACCAAUGCUAUGGGCAAAAUGAAGAUACAGCUCUAAUAUAUUUAAAGGAGGUUAAGCCUCAAAUUUCAAAGGUUUUUGAUGGUGAACACUCGACGUUUAUAGCGUUUGGUGCUAGAGGAAGUGGAAAAACACACACGGUCCAAGGUUCGGAAGAAAAUAUGGGUUUGGGAAUGUUGGUAAUGGAUGAAAUUCUCAAAAUUGUAGAAGGAGGAAGACAUACAGUUGCAGUGUCAAUCUAUGAAGUUUUCCAGAAUCACGUUUAUGAUCUUUUAGAUUCCAAAAAUCCAGAAGUUCACAUACUUGAAGAUGCUCAAGGAAAAAUUAUGCUUAAAGGGCUUUCCAAGGUACCUGUGAAAUCAAUGCUAGAAUUCCAAAAGUUAUACUGCAAUGGGAUGAUUUUGAACAAACCAACACAAAAGCUAACCCUAGAGUUGCCACGAAGAAGCCAUAAAGCUUUAACGAUACACAUCUUAGCUUAUGAUGAAGGGACAAACCCAAUAUGUGCUGGAAAGAUGAACUUCGUUGAUUUAAUAGGCUAUGAAAAUCCCCGAAGAAAUAGUAUUGAUGGAACCAACUUUGUACAGGAUUCACAAAUCAACAAGUCUCUAAAUGCAUUCCUUAAUGUUAUCUAUGCCAUCAAUGCCAAUGAGAGUCGUGUCCCUUAUCGAGAGAGCAAACUCGCUCGAGUGCUACAAGAUUCUUUUGGUGGAAAUAAUCUUAUAUCCAUUCUUGUUUUCUUGAAUCCAUUGUAUUGCCCAGACACUAUUCAUGCCGUAACUUUAGCUUCAAGGUUGAAAGAUAUCAAACCUAUGCUUGCAUUCUCUUCUGCGAAGAAACAUUCCCACUCCCGUGUACCUGCAUCUGCAAAUAAAGCCAAUUCUGUAUUCUCUUCUGCAAAGAAACAUUCCCACUCCCAUGUACCUGCAUCUGCAAAUAAAGCCAAUUCUGGUGUCGGUGUAAGCUCCACGACAAAAAAACUAACCAACUCCAGAUUGCCUUUGUCUACAAAGAAAACCAACGUCUUGCUAAAAGGAAGGAAUCUUUUUGGUGGUACAAAGCAAGCAAAUGCUUUUAAGGAGCAAGUUUCAAACAUGGCAAAUAAUCCAUCCAACAUAGUGAAGCCAGAUACUCUCAGUGGUGAUCUUGCCUGUGUACCUUAUGUGAAGGAGGAAAACUGUAUAUCAGAUGGUGCCUUAUUCAGCUCAAAUGUUGAAGAUGUUCCCUUAGCUGCAUUGACUCGUUCACCUGAGGAGGAUGCUUCAGUAAAUACACAAAGCAACUGUACAGAAUGUAUUCCACAUAUCAAUGGUGACAAUGUAGAAAAGGAGAACAACAGUAAUCUCUCUAAUGAAGGGCAAGCACCAUUGAGUUUUGGGUUAGAAAAGAUAUUGAAUCGUUUGCUAUCUAUAGAUGCAAAGUAUCACGUGCAAGAUGUAGAUCCUCCGACUCCUUUGUGUGUAAAUAGGCCGACAUCCCCUUCUAAGGACUUACAACAGGAGAGCAAUGAGCAUGUUCUUUUACACCCUCUAAAAGAAGUUGACACUUUGGAACCUAAAACUCCCAUUGCUACACAUAAAAUGGAUUUAUCAAAUUGUCAGUCAGGAACAUUCAGCAAAUGUAGCUCAAGGAUGAAGCAAACACUUGUUCAAGAUUAUCUGCAGUUUUUGAAUUCAGCAAGCAAAGAUGAGUUGAAAGGGAUUCGGGGUAUUGGAGAAAAAAGAGCUACAUACAUCCUUGAACUUCGUGAAGAGUCUCCUGAACCUUUUAAAAGCCUUGAUGACCUUCAGGAAAUUGGUCUUUCGGCAAAACAGGUGAAGAGCAUGAUGAAAAAUGUUGCCGGGGAUAUAUUCAGAUAGUUCAAUUUACUUGAGAAUGAUAUAUACUAUCGAUAAUAGAAUGGUCAUGGACUUUUAAAGAUCGGCCUUUUCUUUUGUUUUCAUUCUCCUUCGUAGUUCACAAAUCCUUGUAUUCCAGAGUGAUAGGUGCACUGUUUGCACCCCUCAAGUUGGUUUAUUUUAUUUUAUUUGUUGUGCUCAUGAAAGUGUGUUAAAAUUGUAUGCUUGGCGGGUGAAGUUCAGGUAUCUUUGGAUAGUCUGUGUGAUCCAUGAAGUCGUAACUCGCAUGUCCAUCAUAAUGAUUAUGGAAACAAUGGUUAACAAUUCUAUUACGUUGAUUUUCAA